CUCCCUACUACCUCACACACCUUCAUUUCUCUUGUAGCCAUGAAAACAUUUCCCUCACAACAUGCAAUAAUCUAUGCUUGGUUGCUAUGUGCAAUCAUGUUCAACACUGGUAAUUGCAGCUUCAAUAUUCGCUGCAACUCCAAAGACAUGCAGGCUCUCUUAAACUUCAAGCAAGGAUUCAAGGAUCCAUCAGGCGUUCUCUCUUCAUGGUCCACUCAGCAAGAUUGUUGUGAAUGGAAGGGAGUCAUGUGUGACAACAUCACAAAUAGAGUCACUCAGCUAAGUCUCCCAUGUUCUACAACUCUUCCAACUUACAUUAACAAAAUAGAUAAAUCACACUGUCUCACAGGUUCUGUUAAUCUAUCCUUGUUGGUGGUGGAGCUUGAAUUCUUGAAACACUUGAAUUUGAGCAACAAUCACUUCUCAGCUAUCCAAUUUGAUUCUGAUGUGUUUAGCCAGAAUUGUCAUAACCUAUCUAUAUCCACUCUUCCUCAUGAGUGUGUAAACUCUUCAGCCCUCCGUUUUCUUGAUUUAUCAUUGAACCAUCUCUCCAUCAAUAGUCUUCAAUGGCUUUCUCAUCUUUACUCCUUGGAAUAUCUCAACCUCGACGGCAUUGAUCUUCACAAGGAAACUAACUGGCUUCAACUUGUGGCCAUGCUUCCAUUACUAAAAGAGCUCCAUAUGCAUAAUUGUCGACUUCAAGACAUGAGUCCAUCUCUUCAGUAUGCUAAUUUUACUGCACUCAAAGUUCUUUCUCUUCCUACAAAUGAUUUUCACUCAGAGUUGCCUAAAUGGUUAUUUAAUCUUAGUUGUGGUAUCCUUUCUAUUGACCUUAGGUCUAAUUCUUUAAGAGGUCAACUACCUAAGUCAUUGUUAAAUCUUCGUCACUUGGAAGCCUUGAACUUCGAAGGCAAUAACUUCAAUGGCCCAAUUCCAGAUUGGUUAGGCGAACUUGAACAUCUACAAUAUCUUAAUCUUAGAAAAAACAAUUUUUCUGGAUCUCUUCCCACAAAUUUGGGAAAUCUAUCAUCGUUAGUUUUAUUGUCUGUUUCCUCAAAUCAAUUGAAAGGAGUUGUGUCCGAGAAAAAUUUUGUCAAACUGUCAAAAUUAAAGGAGUUGCAUAUAUCCAUAACACCACCAUUAAUCUUUGAUUUUGACUCUCACUGGAUUCCACCUUUUCAACUUGAACGGUUGUUUUUCGGAUUUGAAGGUCCUAAUCUUCCUGCGUGGUUAUAUUCACAAAGUUCUCUUGAACAUUUAUUGAUUUACAAAUCAUCAUUUGAGGCUCUAGAAAAAUUUUGGAAUUUUUUGUCAAGAAGGUCAGAAGUGUAUUUAGAAGAUAAUUUGAUAGAUGGUAACCUGUCAAACGUGUUGUUGAACUCUACAUUCAUAUCUCUGUCAUCAAAUGGUCUGAAAGGUACUCUACCUCGAUUAUCAUCCAAUGUGGCGGUUGUCAAGCUAUCAAACAACUCAUUAUCAGGAAACAUCUCUCCUCUCUUGUGUGAUCAAAAGAUGAUUGAUGAGAAAACCAAUUUGGUGUACUUGGACGUAUCUCUGAAUCAUCUAUCUGGAGGGCUUACUAAUUGUUGGAAGAAUUGGAAAUCUUUGGUUCAUGUUAACUUGGGAAGCAAUAAUCUAAUAGGAAAGAUACCUCCAUCAAUGGGCUUGUUAUCUAAUCUUACAUCGCUACAUCUGCAUGAGAAUAAGCUCUAUGGAGAGAUUCCUCCCUCGCUAAAAAAUUGCCACUCUCUAAUGAUCUUUAAUGUUCGUGAAAACAACUUUUUAGGAAAUAUACCAAAUUGGAUACCACUUGGUGCUAAGGCUCUUCAAAUAAGGUCCAAUAAUUUUAGUGGUAAUCUCCCAACACAAGUAUGCCAAAUGUCAUCUCUCAUUAUUUUGGAUAUUGCAGAUAACACAAUCUCAGGACAUAUACCCACAUGUCUACAUAAUAUCACAACCUUGAUUUCCAUCAAAGCUUCACACAACAAGCUUUCUUUUUUCUUUCCUACAUAUGGUGGCCAUUACACAUUUGAAGACAGUCUUGAGUUGGUUACAAAAGGCCAAGUAUCAGAAUAUGGAAGAAACCUGCACUUCAUGAGCUUAAUUGACAUGUCAAGUAACAAUUUGUCAGGAACAAUACCUCCCCAAAUGUUUAGCCUCAUUGGAUUGUGCUCCUUGAACUUGUCCCACAAUAAAUUAACAGGAGAAAUUCCUAAUGAGAUUGGUAACAUGAAAAAAUUGGAGUCCCUUGAUUUUUCUUCAAACCAACUUUGGGGUGAAAUUCCUCAAGGCUUGUCUGGUUUAUCCUUUUUGGGUCAUUUAAAUUUGUCUUUCAACAAUUUGAGAGGCAAAAUACCAUUAGGCACACAACUUCAAGGGUUUAGUGCACUCAGCUAUAUAGGAAAUCCUGAUCUUUGUGGACCUCCACUCACAAAAAAUUGCUCUCAGGGUGGUAAACCUAAAGACACAAAAUCAAAAGACGGUGAAUCUACAUUUUUGUCAUGGUUUUACAUUGGAAUAGAAUCUGGAUUUGCAACAGGCUUUUUGGGUGUCUGUUCUGCCAUUUUCUUCAACAGAAAAUGGAGGCAUGCUUACUUCAACUUUCUUUAUGAUUUGAGGGACCGACUUUAUGUCAUGCUCAUCAUCAAAAUCAAUUCCUUCUGUUAAGGUCAAACAAGUUGCAUAGCAUACAUAUUGGUGUUCCUCAUUCUUCAAAGGGAACAAGUCAAAGAAAAGUGUUGCUGAGCUAAUUAAUGACAACCACAAACAAUGUCAACAUUGAUGAACUCGAUAUUUAGAUUUGCUUAUUGUUAGUUGAUAUAUUUUGUUACUUUCAGAAGUUGUGGUGAUGGCUUUGUUAUUUAUCUUUUGUUUUUCAUUUGUUCAGUAUUAUGUAAAAUGAUGAAAGCAUUUUAAUAGAAAAAAAAAUAC